AUGGUUUACACAACCUUUCAUGAUAUGCGAUAUAAAAGCAACCCUACCAAUUGGAACACCCGAAUGCGAGGACCAACCCGCGGGCUAGUAAGCCACGUCAAGGCACCUGGGGAACCCCUGCCACGGGCCACAGACGAUGCGCCCAUGCAGGCGCAAUGCAUAACCGAGAGCUUGCUGCCCAAAGCCCAGGAUCUGAGCAGUUCUCCCGAGGAUUUUGAGUUAUUUGCUGACCCUCGGAAUGGUCCUUUACUGUACUUCAUGGUCACGAUCCCUGGUCAUUCUGUCAGCCCUGUGGCUUUGGGGCAAUUUGACCCCUCCGUCAGUCCAACGGUGUGA